AUGAUUGAGUAUAUGGAAUAUAUUCUUCGACAAUAUGAAAAGUCUACCAACUGGAAUCGGCAUAACAGUUAUGAAAAUAUAACGGCAACCAGUGACAAUCUACUACAGUUUGAGAUUCCAGAUUCAAUUAACCUACAGGUAUCAAAUAAGUCGACUCCAUACACCUUCAAUACGUUUGAACUUUCGAAUCACAAAGUAAUCAAUGGUUCUUUAUCCUAUUUGUACACUGACUGUGCUGAUAUGGAUAACUUUGUACAGACGUCUAUGAAUGUGCCGCUACAAACAACCGUUAAUACAUAUCAAUACAUCAAACCCUAUUAUUAUUACCACAAUGGAAGUAAUAAUAAUAUUUUUAAUCACAGAGAUUUUGCUUCCAAAACGCUGAUAUACGGACGCAUGUAUUAUCCAGGCUCAAUCCUUGAAGCGAUGUAUUGUAAGAGGUUGUCACCGUUUUCUCAGAUUGUGAUAAAAGGGUUGUCUUCUGUAAACCAACGUAAUAUUUUGACAUUAUACUGGCAACAAGAUAAAGGCUCUACUUGCCAGGAAGUAAUAUUCUCCACCAGUGAAGCACUUUUAGGCUACCGUAUGUUGCAUAAUUUUGCUCACCAUGGUUCGAAAUUGAGCACGACAUUAUAUAAUAAUUCCAAUUUGUCCCUUGGUUCUGAAUUUUGGUUAGGUAUAGGAAACAUGCUACCUGGAUGCUCUACAACUUUAAGGUAUUUUACCCAUGUAACAAAUACUGGUAAGCCUAUAACUUUGACUCUGUCGUUGAAUCCUCUGUUUGGUCAUAUUUCCUCUUCGUAUUCUGUUAAGCCAUCGCCUGGUACAACGUUUUGUUCCAAAUAUGAGUUUAACAUUUAUUCAAUUGAAUCAAAACUAUCCCUUGGUUGUGAAUUUUGGAGGUCCAUUUCCAUGAAGAAAGAGGAUAUGGGGCCUUCAAUUGAAUCUGUGGACAGGAAAGAUUUAGACUACCUAAAUUUUGGUGUGGAAAACUUGCCAACCCUAGACAAGAUGAAAGAAUUUAGAAAUCUGAAGGUCGAUAAUCCAAUGUACUAUCAUCCACUGUUGGCUAAUAAUUCCAAUGAUUUAAUUAAUAAUGUGAAUUCAACUUUUUCAUCAUCUCUACAGAAAAUAACCAGGGAAAAGUCAGUAAUAGAAAAGUUUGUAAAUUUAGUUAACUCAACAGAAUUCACCAGUGUGCUGAAAAUGAGUACUAGUUUAAGUGAUAAAAAUCUGCGAUUGCUAUGGGAAGGGAGAUAUAAGGGGUUCUUGAUCUCAGCUGGAGCUGAAUUAUCGACAGUACCCUUAGAUGCUCCUAAGACAUUAAAUGAAGAGGGCUCAACAACCAUUGGUAGACCGGUUUGGUUACGGCCAGCAAAGUUUGGUAUUCAAUUGAAAUACUCUACAUAG